CCGAAUUGUCAAUGAACAUAUCCGGGUAGAUUAAAUCAAACGCUACAGAAAAAUGACAGAAUCAGCAACACAAAAUGCUUCAGUAGACUUAUACCAGUAUUUGUGUUCGAUUGCUGGAACGGAAGAGCACGUAAAAACAAUAAGAUUCAUGAAUACCAUCAGAGAUAAUUUAUCGAGCGACACUAAUUUCGUAGAAAUCACUAGCGGCAGUUUUGGUGAAGGACUUGAGAUGCAAGGCAGUGAUUUCGAUUUAAUGAAAAUAAUCAAAUCAAUAGAAAUUUGUGAAAACCCAAACAUUCCUUUUUUUAGUGAUAAAACAUAUUUUGCAAUUGACAGAGAUGAUACACAGCCAGGCUUCACACAGUUGCGUCUACUGUACAGUAAUGAUGAAGCUAUUUUUGACCUCUGCAUAGAAAGACAACGUGAGUUGUUCUUCUCAAGCAGCGCAUUCAAACCUCAAUUUUCUUCCAAUAUUCUACCAAUUGUUCACGGACCUUGCUUGAGUGAUAAACAAGGACUUUUCGACUUAGCAUUAUGCUGUCAUAGUAAGUCAUGGAUAACACCUGCGACACAAUGGAUAACACGAUCGAAUAACUCAUGGCCUGAUGAAGUUGUUAAACAGUAUAUUGUUGAACACGGCACUCUCUUCGUACCCAUAGGGGUUAAAGGGUCCACAAAUGAAGAAGUAGAAUGGCGAAUAUCGUUUUCUGUUGGCGAAAAGUUUUUGAUCUAUACCUUUACACAUACACAAAUACUUUGCUAUGCUCUACUGAAAAUCCUUUUAAAAGACGUUAUACAAAUGAAAUUAGAAUGUGAAGAAUUGCUAUGUUCAUAUUUUAUGAAAACAAUUUUAUUUUGGAUUUCUGAGGAAUAUCCGCCGUCAGUAUGGAGACCAGAAAACUUGAUAUGUAACUUUAUGAGAUGUUUUAGGAGACUUAUUUAUUGUGUCGAAAACUCAGUUUGUCCGCAUUACUUUAUUCCUGACAAUAAUCUAUUUGAGAACAAGAUUAAAGGACGCGAAAAGCAAAUACUCUUGAAUAGGCUGUAUGUGUUAAACAGUUGUAAUUGGCAAUGUGUUUUAUUUUCCCACCAGCUGUCGCAUUUUCGUAGAGAAGUAUUACUUUCGCCCAUUGAACCAACUUUUUUACAUAUCUACGAAAUUGAAAAAUUCUUAUUUUCAAUGAUAAAUGUGAAGAUGACUAUUGUUCAGUUGUGGAAAUUUCUGCUGUUAGAUUGCGUGAUUUUUUAUCCAAACUCUACGUUGAUACCACAUGAAUUACAAAUUGAGGUUAUGUCGAACAUACGCAGAAUACCACCAUUGGUGUAUGCUCAUUUCCUUCUUGUUCUGUGUCAUCAUCGUCUCAACAAUGUACACUUAUGUCGUGAUUCUCUUCAGGAUCUGAAUUUAACUAUUGAAGAAAACUAUUUAAUUCCGCAGCCCAUGGGCAAAUUUUUCUCUUAUGAAAUUCUUGGUAUAGCUUUCCAGUUAACAGGAGACAUAGAAUCAGCCAAGUCAGCAUUUAUUCAAUCUAUAGCAUUAGAACCAAAUACUGCCAAAAACAAUUCUUUAUGGAGAUUGUCAUCGAUGUGCUCGAGGUUUCUAUAA